AUGGAGGUUGAAUCCGCCUCCCAAAAAGAGGACGUUGUCCGCCAAUCACACGAGAAAAAUGGCACCGAGUCGCGGGAGGACAAGCAGCGAGUGGCAGAAGCGCGACAAAAAUAUGGGAGAGGGAAGCAGAUUAAUGCGAAGAGUGCCAAGGACAAGAAACUCCGCAGCAACCUGAAAAAUCUGGAGGCGAAAUAUAAAGAUGCAGCGCUGAAAGCGAAAGAUGCGGAAAUUCUUCUGGAAGCCGAAGGUGGUUAUUUGGAACCUGAAGGGGAACUCGAGAAAACAUAUAAAGUGCGACAAAGGGAUAUUAAGGAAAGUGUGGGAAUAGAAACUGCACAGAAAGGCUUUGAACUCAAGCUGGAAGACUUGGGACCGUACACCGCUGAUUAUACGAGAAACGGACGCAAACUUUUAUUGGGAGGCAGGAAGGGACAUGUUGCUACGAUGGACUGGCGGGAUGGGAAGCUGGGCUGUGAAUUACAGCUUGGAGAAACUAUAAGAGAUGCCAAAUGGCUGCAUAACGACCAGUUCUUUGCCGUGGCGCAGAAAAAAUAUGUCUACAUUUACGAUCAUGCUGGUGUUGAGAUACACUGUUUGCAAAAACAUGUUGAAGCCACACACUUGGAAUUUCUUCCGUACCAUUUCCUUCUUGCUAGUGUUGCUACCAGCGGAUACCUUAAAUAUACAGACACCUCCACAGGCCAAUUGGUAGUAGAACUGGCUACCCGUCAAGGCUCCCCAACAUCCCUUUGUCAAAACCCCUAUAACGCCAUUCUACACGUCGGACACCAAAACGGCACCGUCUCCCUCUGGUCUCCCAACUCUUCAACUGCCCUCGUCAAAACCCUCACCCACCGUGGACCCGUCCGAUCAGUGGCAGUCGACCGACAGGGACGAUACAUGGUAUCAACAGGUCAAGAUAUGCGCAUGGCAAUAUGGGAUAUCCGCAUGUUCAAGGAGGUACACAACUAUUCCGUUCCCCAACCCGGCUCAAGCGUCGCCAUCAGUGACCGCGAACUAACCGCUGUCGGCUGGGGUACACAAGUCAGUGUAUGGAAAGGGCUAUUCACGGCUGCAGCUGCAGACCAAGAAAAGGUGCAAAGUCCAUACAUGGCCUGGGGCGGCGAUGGGAAGCGCAUAGAGCGCGUCCGCUGGUGUCCAUAUGACGACAUUCUCGGAGUGUCCCAUGAAAAGGGAUUCUCCAGCUUAAUCGUUCCGGGCAGUGGAGAGCCCAACUUCGACGCCUCCGAAGUCAAUCCAUACGAAACCACCAAGCAGAGACAGGAGGCCGAAGUACGAGGACUACUUACAAAACUGCAGCCGGAGAUGAUCUCGCUCAAUCCGCACUUUGUGGGAAAUAUUGAUAUUGUGAGCGAUGCUGUGCGUAGGAAGGAGCGCGAUCUCGAUAGGAAACCCGAUGAUAUUAUUGAGAGGUUGAAGAACAGGGGUCGUGGGAGGAAUAGUGCGUUGCGCAAGUAUUUGCGCAAGAGGGGAAACAAGAAUGUUAUUGAUGAGAAGCGGCUUAAGGCUGAGGAGCUCCGGAAAGAACGCUCGUCUUGGGCGAAGAAAAAUUUGCAGCGCCAAAAGGCUGCUUUGGGACCUGCCCUUGGGCGCUUUGCGAGAGCGAAAUCUUUGUGA